CCGGUUUCAGCGUGAAGCGUUUUCACUACGGUAAUGUGGAUUGGACGCGCCCUUGCUAGCGAAAAAGCAAGACAGAAGUGACCAGCAAGGACCGGGACAACACUCGUCUUCAGGUCGCGCAACGUGUACGCGAAAGUACUUUGCAGAUGUUAGAUAAUAAUGGUCAUCUUUAUAUAUAUAUAUAUAUAUAUAUAUAUAUAGAGAGAGAGAGAGAGAGAGAGAGACUCCAUUUGAAUCCAUCAUGCACAACUGUUUGAGGGAUUGAUGUGUAUGAGUGAUUUGUUGCUCUGACUGCGCGAUGGCCCUCAGGUCCAGAAGGCCUUUGGUGAGCUUCAUCGUGGGGGGUUUUCUUGGCUUCACAGCAGCAUCGUGGCUGGUUGUGCCCAGAGUUGUGAAGAUCAGUGUGAAGAACAGAAGGUCUUCAGUGUGUAGUACAUACUACAGUAGCGGCAGGGCUCAGGCUAAAGUUUCAGGCACCGCCCACAGUACCUCAUCUACUAUUGGCAGACAGAAGCAUCUGCAGCCACUCUUCUCCAGCCAGGAAGGCAGUGAUGAAGGUGAACAGGAGCUUUAUGGGACAGGGAACAGUAGUGGUCCUGUACCUCCUGCUAGAUUCUUGUAUGUGGGGGUCAUGACAGCUCAGAAGUAUCUGGCCUCAAGGGCUGUGGCUGCCUACAGGACAUGGGCCUUCUACAUCCCCGGGCGGGUGGAGUUCUUCUCCAGUGAGGGCUCUGAGAAGGUCUCCCUGCCAACUCCAAUGCCUGUCAUUCCUCUGGCAGGUGUUGAUGAUUCAUACCCUCCGCAGAAGAAAUCUUUCAUGAUGCUGAAGUACAUGCAUGACCAUUAUUUGGAUAAAUACGAGUGGUUUAUGCGGGCUGAUGAUGAUGUCUACAUUAGAGGCUCCUCGAAUCGAUAAUUGUUUCUUCGUUCACUCAACAGCAGUAAACCGCUGUAUCUGGGUCAGACAGGUCUUGGUACUAGAGAGGAGCUGGGUAAAUUGGCCCUGGAGCCUGGAGAGAACUUCUGUAUGGGUGGUCCAGGGAUGAUUUUUAGCCGAGAAGUUCUCCGCAAUGGCUCCUGUCUCAAAGAGAUGUACACUACUCAUGAAGAUGUGGAGAAAGGACGUUGCGUCAGGCGUUGUGGAGGGACCCAGUGCAUCUGGUCAUAUGAGGUAAUGCUGGUUAAUGUCCCCCUGUGGCAUUUUGGUUGAAUGGGUUGAAGUGCACACUCUCAGAGGUUCAGGUUUGUUCAGGUUUUUUUUUACCUCUAAUUAUAUUCAGCUGUUUUGCUUCAAAUAAUAAUAAUAAAAAAAUAUUAUUACAUUAUAUUUCUUGCACCAUUACAUUUUAGGCACAAAUAUGUGCUGGUCAGGAUCAUGUUUGUUGUUCAGUGUUUAAAUUUCAUGUGACUAGAUAUCUUUUCUAAAUCAGUUGUCAAAUUAAUGUCUUCCAUCGGUCAUUUUAGCUGACACAGCAUGUAUACUUAGUUCUGUGCUGCUGUGCCUUUAUGUAAUGGGGCAGCUGUGGCCUAAUGGGGGGUGGGGGGUGCGUGGGUAAAUGAACAGUGCUCUCCUCCUUCCAGGAUUUUGGGAUUUCCCCCAAUCAGACACACCAUUUUUCAUUUGAUUUAACAAAUAAAUUAUUCAUUAGAUUAGAUACAUUAGAUACGACUUAAAAGUACGUGGAGAGUAUCUUCCUCCUGCUAAGUUCUCUCUAAAACAUGCUGCUAUAGAAAUGGACUCUCUAAUUAAUUCAUAGAAAAACCUUUCUUUAAAUGAACACACAUAUACUUCAGGUCAUUCUGUAUGUUGUUACUGUUCUUGUAUAUUGUCUUUUUGUCUUAUAAAUUGUUUUAUGCAUUCUUGUGAUAGAACUACUCAUUCACGUAAUUUUACCUAUAUGUACUCUUACCAUGAUUA